AUGAACGUGUUAGUAAAGGAGUCGCAUACACGGUGCCAGCUACUGCCGCUGCACUUGAUUUCGACUGAUGGAUUCUUCUGUUCUCCUGUCCGUUCCCGGCCUCUAUCUAAAUCGGAGUCUGAUUAUGGCUGCUCAAGUUGUGUUACAUUCCUUGAAAAUAACACUGUGCUUGUCGGCGCUGACAAAACUUUUUCCUUUGAUUUUGCAUUGGAUGAAAAUAUCUCUCAGCAGGACUUAUACAAUAGAUGUGCCAGAAACAUGGUGGACACUGUUCUGCGAGGAUACAAUGCGACUAUAUUUGCUUACGGUCAAACGGGGAGCGGUAAAACAUAUACGAUGGGCACAAACGAUUACAGUUGCCCACCUGAGCACAUGGGUCUCAUCCCCCGAAUAGUCUCCGACGUAUUCUCAAAAUCGUCGUCUCUACGAUUUGAUUAUUCCUUUCGCGUUUCCUUUCUUGAGAUAUAUAACGAAGACCUAAAUGAUCUCCUUAGCUCUGAGUCCGUCCCUAUUUCUGUUCGUGAAGACGGGCAAUCAAUUAAGCUUGUAAACCUCAAGGAGUUUUCUGUCGCAUCUUCCGAAGAUGCUCUCCGCUUUCUCCAAGUUGGCUCGCACCGAAGAUCAGUCGGAUCAACUGCUAUGAAUGAGCAUUCCAGCAGGAGUCAUGCUAUAUUUACGCUGCAUGUUGAAUUACAUUCAGAAUCUGCCUCAGAAGUUGAUGAAAUUCUUAGCGCUAAACUUCAUUUGGUCGAUCUUGCUGGUUCAGAACGUGUUAAACGCACUCAUGCAGAAGGCGAAAGAUUAAAAGAAGGGAUAAACAUUAACCGAGGACUCCUUUCCUUGGGCAACGUUAUUAGUGCUCUAUGUGAAAAAGACGUUGGGAAGCGUCUUCAUAUACCUUAUAGAGAUUCUAAACUUACACGGAUCCUUCAGGAUUCUCUUGGUGGUAACAGUACUACGCUAAUGGUAGCAUGCAUCUCUCUUGCUGAUAAUAGUAUCGAGGAAACUAUUAAUACACUAAGAUAUGCUGAGAGAGCCAGAGCCAUUAAAAAUAAGCCUGUCCUUAAUCGAAUACAAUCAAAGGAUGCAGAGAUACAGCGUCUUAGAUCUCUUGUGGCUAAUCUUCAAAAAAAGCUCUCUAUGUAUGCUAUGCUUUCAUCUUAUAAAACUGAUGAAAUGCCAAUUCCUCAUACCGUAGACGUUAGAUGUGACCUGGACAAACUUUUACUCCAUGAAGCACAUUCAUCUCAGAAGGAUCCUAUCUUGGAAGUUAGGCGUUCUGCACUUAAACGUGGAGCCGAUAUUGUGCCAAACAAUUCUAAAAGAUUUCGCCCCAAUGAUUCACAAUGUUCGUCUUCAGAUGAUGGCUUUAACGUCGAGCAACUCGAAUCUAACUAUGCUCUCCCGAUAGCUAGUGAUUCUUCUUUCGAGCAUGAGGUUCCUGAUAUUAAUAGUGGUGAGGUUUAUAAUUUCUCUAGUUUUAUUUGA